AUAAAGGCAAGAUAUCUCGUGAAGCUUAUCGAUCAUUAGCACGUAUUAAUCAAGAUUUGCCAAGAGAUGGUGCAAUAUUAAGUACACGUCAAAGACUUAAUAAACAAAUGCAAAAUCUAGUUCCCUUAUCACUUACAAAUGUAGAAGAAACAUCU